GUAGCAGAUACUAUGUUACUAGCAGCAUGUUCAAAGGAGAAUUCCAGUAAAAUCCACUUGUUCGCUUUCGUUCUCUGGGUAGGGGCUGCCUCACAUUCUGAUGUUUUCAACGCCCUCUUUCUUCUCGACCACUUCAUCUUCUCCGGCGACUCUCCCUCUAUGUCUGUAUUUCCGGCUAACUCCCUAGCUCCCUAACCCCAUUUGCUCCUAUAUAUCUUUAUUCCCGUUGUAUUCUCACUCUUACAUUUCUACUCCAAAUCUAAACCCAUUAGCAUCCACCGUCUUCAGCAGCCUCCCCUUUUCCUUCCUUUUAUCCCCAUUCACUACUUUCCAUGCAGUCAGCUGAAUAAAAGGCACAGUUUUCACUUUUCUCUGUGAAAGUCCCUCUCUCUAGCUCCCUCCCUUUGUAGAAUAGUUAGGUGCCAGAAACUUUCCCCAGAGAAAAAAAGAAAAUUUCCGCUGGGAUGGACCUUGAGGUUUGGUGCGUCGAAGCUCAAAAUUCGUCUGUUGUGAGGGUCAGCUUCCCUUCGUCGUUGAUCUGUUCAGAUCUUUCUCUCAUACUCAGAAAUGCAGUCUGUGGCAGCUUCUUGAAUCAGAGUUGCUGACUGUUCUUUCAGUUCAGGCUCCACAGAUCUUGUAUAUCUUCUUUCCCAUUGGUUCAUUUUGAAAAUCUAUAUCAAAAUCCGUCAUAUUUGUUCUCCUGAAUCCAAAAUUGUGUCUGAGUUCUUACCAUUGCACCACUAAACCACACUCGGGCUUGAUAAUAACAUCUGCAUUUACCUUAUCCCUUUGCAGGUGUUAUAGUUAUCAAGGUCUGAACUUAUACGGGUGAAUGACACGUUAGGGGAUACCUUUCUCAUCACCAUUUCACAAGCGCUGCUUCCCUGAGCAUAUCUAGAUAUGGUUGAACCGGAGUUGUGUCUGAUUAGAUCGCCAUUCUUGCUGUGCAUCUUCGCUGGCCUCUUGCUACGUUCAGCAUUCACUUCUGAAAUUCCAUUGGGUUCAAAACUUUCUGUGGUUGACAAUGACAGCUGGGCCUCCUCCAAUGGUGAUUUUGCAUUAGGAUUCUUUAACACUUCAGAUCAACCUAGUCAGUUCAGGAUUGGCAUACGUUUCAAUUCAAAGUCUAUGCCAUUUAGCCAACAAACUGUGGUCUGGGUUGCUGGAGCUCAUGUCACUGUGGGUAGCAUGUCGUAUUUCCAACUCACCCCCGAAGGGGAAUUAGUCCUCUUUGAUUCAUUACAGGGAGUAGUAUGGACCAGUGGAACUGCCAACCAAUCUGUAGUUUCAGCAGCCUUCCGUGACAAUGGCAAUCUUGAGCUCAUAGACAGAGAGCAACGUGUUGUUUGGCAGAGUUUUGAUACUCCAUCUGAUACACUAGUCCCAGGGCAGAGUUUAUCUGUGCAUCAAACACUUCGAGCUGCCAGCAAGCAAACCACAUCUAGUUACUACAGUCUUUACUUGAAUGGCUCGGGACAGUUACAUCUUCGAUGGGAAAGUAAUAUUACCUAUUGGACAAGUGAUAGCCCUUCUAUCGCAAAUCUGAGUGCUUGUCUCACAACCUCUGGAGCCCUGCAACUUCAAGACCAAAGUUCAAAACCUGUUUGGUCAGUAUUUGGUGAAGACCACAAUGAAUCAGUGAAUUACAGGUUUCUUAGGCUUGAUUUGGAUGGCAAUCUGCGCAUAUAUUCAUGGAUAGACACGUUACAAUCAUGGAAAUCAGUAUGGCAGGCUGUUGAGAAUCAGUGCAAGGUUUUUGCAACUUGUGGUCAACGUGGUAUGUGUUUUUUAAGUGCUUCAGGUUCUGCUGAUUGCCGAUGCCCGUUUGAGUUAGCUGACCCUAACAAAUGUUUGGUUCCAUAUGAUGAGGCAUGUGAAUCUGGCAUCAAUAUGCUUACAUAUGAGAAAACAUUUCUAUAUGGAAUUUACCCACCUGAAGAUUCAAUCACCAUAAGUAGUUUGCAGCAUUGCAAGCAGUUGUGUUUGAAUGAUCCACAAUGUACAGUUGCAACCUUUUUGAAUGAUGGGAGUGCUCAAUGCUCAAUAAAGAAAACUAAGUAUGUCACUGGUUUUGCAGAUCCAUCUCUAACCUCGGUAUCUUUUGUUAAGAGAUGUUCAGGUCCAUUAGCUGUGAAUCCUGGUCUUGUUAAUUCACCUCCUCCCAAACAGCCUCCAGCACUUUGUGUUCCUUGUUUGAUUGGAGCAGCCUCUGCCACUUUUUUCGUCUUUGCCAUCAUACAGUUGGGAAUUGGUUUCUGGAUCUGCAGAAGAAGAAACAUCACUAGGAAAGAAGUUACUUUAGCUUUAACAUGCCCCGUUUCGAAGGGUUUGUUUGUGUUGUCCUUCCCAGAGAUAAGGAGCCUCACUGGGGAUUUCAAGAACCAAAUCGGUCCAAAUAUGUUCAAGGGUACACUGCAAGACAAUCACUUGGUUGCAGUUAAGAAUCUGAAUGCCAGCAUAGAAGAAAGGAGGUUCAGGAGCGCAGUUACAAAAAUAGGAAGCAUCCAUCACAAGAACCUAGUGAAGCUGGAGGGCUACUGUUGUGAGUUCAAUCACAGAUUCUUGGUGUACGAGUAUGUCAAGAAUGGUUCUUUGGAUAAGUUCUUUGGUGAUUCAGCUCUUUGCAGGAGGCUAACUUGGAAAAAGAGACUUCAAAUAUGCUCAAGUGUAGCCAAAUCCAUUUGCUAUUUGCACACCGAGUGUCGGGAGUUUCUUAGCCAUGGCAAUCUGAAGUGUGCAAAUGUCUUACUGGAUGAAAACUUGGAGGCCAAGGUAACUGAAUUUGGGUUUGCAAGAGCAGAUGGUGAGGCAUCAUAUUGUGGUUCUUCAGCUGAGAAAGAUGUGGAGGAUUUUGGCAAGCUGGCAUUAACUCUGUUAUCUGGGCGUCAAGACACUGGGGAUCUUUGCCGGUGGGCACAUGAACAAUGGAUAGAAGGACGAUCCAUCAAUGUGGUUGAUAAAAGAAUUGAUGGUGGAAUCGAUUCAGAGGAGCUAGAACGUGCGUUGAGAAUAAUAUUCUGGUGUCUUCAAAUGGACGAACGGAGGAGGCCUUCAAUGGGGGAGGUGGCAAGAGUGCUAGAUGGUAUAUUGAAUGUUGAUCUUCCACCACCUCCUUUUGCUGUCCAGAGGCCAUUGCUAGAAGAUGAUGAUACUUAAAAAGUAUGAUUCAGAAUCGGUAGUGUGAAUGCCUGCUGAACUUGUUAGAAUCUAUGCCCAUUCACUGUUGUUUUCGUCCCACAUUUCCCCUUUUAUUCAAUGUGUAUAGUAGGUUUAGGACUAACAUUAGAUGAGAAAUGGAAAUGGCCAUGCCCAUUAUUUUUGGUCUCUGGCCUUCGCUUUA